UGUCGGCAGGAAGUCCCACCUCGGAAGCGGGGCGGCGCGGCGCGGCGCUGGCCAUGGCGGCCCCUGGGAGGCGUUUGCAAGUGCAGCUUCUUGUCGCGCUGCGGAGCCUAUUCACACGCCGAACCCUGCACAACGCUACCCCGCCACGGGACGUGUUGCUUUUCGAGCACGAACGAGGCCGCUUCUUCACAGUUCUCGGGCUGUUCUGCGCCGGCCAGGGUGUCUUCUGGACUUCCCUGGCCGUGGCAGCCUUGGCCCGACCCUCGGUUCCGGCGCGGCCUCAGGACACGGAGUUUCCAGACCGCGGCCGCUUGGACGUGCGCUCCGCGCUCUGGCGCUACGGUCUGGCCGUCGGCUGCGGCGCCAUCGGUACCCUGGUACUUGGUGCUGGUCUUCUCUUCUCCCUCCGCUCUGUGCGUUCGGUGAUGCUGCGGGCUGGAGGGAAGCAGGUGACCCUCACCACUCAUGCCCCCUUUGGUUUGGGUGCCCAGUUCACUGUUCCCUUGAACCAAGUAUCCUGCAUGGCCCACAGGGGUGAGGUCCCUGCCAUGUUGCCUCUGAAGGUCAAAGGCCGGCGCUUCUACUUCCUCUUGGACAAAAGUGGACAUUUCCCCAACACGAAACUCUUUGACAACACUGUGGGUGCAUACCGUAACUUGUGAAAAAAAAACACCUUGGGACACUUACCCCUCCCAGAGGGGAAUCAAAACUGAACCUUAGGGAUGGGGGGUGACAACCAGAGUCACACAAGGUGACCCAAGAUUCACUAACAGCAAAUAAAAGCAGCCAUCCCAAGGGCAGCUACCUGAAUAUA